AUGGAAGACAUGUGCUUUUUGGUUAACCCAUGCUUUCUGCUCUGUCUCAAGGGAAUAUUCCCGGCCAACUUCAUCCACCUGAGGAAUGCCCACAUCAAAAAUAAAGGCCAAUUCGAGACCGUCAUUCCUGUGGAGGACACCGUUAUCACCGAGAUGACUUCCACUCUCCGGGACUGGGGCGCCAUGUGGAAACAGCUCUAUGUGAAAAAUGAAGGCGACCUGUUCCACCGGCUGUGGCACGUGAUGAAUGAGAUCCUGGACCUGAGGCGGCAGGUGCUGGUGGGCCACCUCACGCAUGACCGCAUGAGGGACGUCAAACAGCACAUCACGGCCCGCUUGGACUGGGGAAACGAGCAGCUGGGGCUGGACCUGGUGCCGCGGAGGGAGUUCAGCAUGGUGGACCCAGAGGAGAUCAGCGUCACAGAGCUUUACAGACUGAUGGAGCACCGGCAUCGGAAGAAGGACACAGCAGUUCCGGCCAGCACCCAUCACUUGUUUGUCCACGUCAAGAGCCUGAUGAGCGCAAAUCUGGGAGAGGAGCUGGAAGUAUUUUUCCACAUCUACGACGGGAGAGAAAACAAGCCUCUCAGUGAACGCUUCUUUGUCCGGCUGAAUAAGAGCGGGCUGCCGAAGUCGCCGGAGAAGACGGAAAGACAAUGCACGCUAUUUGUGGAUUUGGGAAGCAGCGAUCUCCGAAAAGACGUCUACAUAGUCGUUCACAUCAUCAGAAUAGGGAGAAUGGGAGCAGGGGAGAAGAAGAACCUUUGCAGUGUGCAGUACAGACGGCCAUUUGGAUGUGCGGUGGUGAGCAUCGCUGAUCUUCUCACGGCUGACUCCAAAGAUGACCAUCUGCUCAAGGUCUAUGCGUGCAACACGGAGAGUGAGUGGCACCAAAUCCAUGACAACAUCAUUAAAAAAGCCAAUUCGAGAUACAACUUGUCUGGUUCCAACUCCGGUCUAGCGGUGGCUCUGCAGUUGCUUCACGGUGACAUCGAACAGCUGAGACGUGAAUACAUGGUGCUGUUUACCCGCGGAGUGUCCAUCACAAGGAAACUGGGCUUCUCUGAUGUCAUCAUGCCAGGAGAGAUGAGGAACGACCUUUACAUCACUCUGGAGAGGGGCGAGUUCGAGAAGGGAGGAAAAAGUGUGGCUAGGAACGUGGAAAUCACAGUCUACGCCCUGGACAUGGAUGGACAGAUACUCAUGAGUCAGGUGGCAGCAGGAUCUGGAGAGCCGGGGGCGGAUGAGUACCACUCUCUGGUGCUGUACCACAACAACAGUCCGCGCUGGUCAGAACAAAUCAAACUGCCCAUCCCCGUGGACAUGUUCCGGGGGUCCCAUGUCCGCUUUGAAUUCCGACACUGCUCCACUAAAGAUAAGGGGGAGAAGAAGCUGUUUGGCUACUCCUUUGUUCCUCUGAUGCAGGAAGAUGGCCGCACUCUUCCAGAUGGCACUCAUGAGCUCAUUAUCCACAAGUGUGAGGAGAACACCAGUUUAGCCGACUGCUCGCGGUACCUCAAGCAGCCCUUCUCCAAGGUCAAUCUCCCGGCCAACAAUCAGACUUUAAAAGGGACCAAGGAGUCUUUCUGGAUCACCAGUUUCCUCUGCUCCACCAAACUCACACAGAACGGCGACAUGCUGGACUUGCUGAAAUGGCGUGCACAUCCUGAACGCAUCAAUGACAGCCUGUCGAAGCUCAAGGAGAUUGACGGCUCAGAGAUUGUCAAAUUUCUUCAGGACACGCUAGACACUCUUUUUGGGAUUCUAGAUGAAAGCAGCCAAAGAUACGGCCUCAAGGUUUUCGAUUCACUGGUUCACAUAAUCAACCUCCUUCAAGACAGCAAGUUUCAACAUUUUAAACCUGUCAUGGACACCUACAUCGAGAGCCACUUUGCAGGAGCGCUGUCGUACAGGGAUCUGAUCAAAGUGCUGAAGUGGUACGUGGACCGCAUUGUGGACGCCGAGCACCAAGAUCACAUCCAGCAGGUGCUCAAGGCUAGCGAGUACAUCUUCAAAUACAUCAUCCAGUCCAGGCGCCUGUUCUCUCUGGCCACCGGGGGGCAGAGUGAGGAGGAGUUCAGAGUGUGCGUCCAUGAGCUCUUCAUGUCCAUCCGCUUCUUCCUCUCACAAGAAAACAAAGGCACAAGUCCAGUCGCACAAACUCAGGCUGUAUUUCUUCGCACAUUCCCUGCAAUUUAUGGAGAGUUAUUAAAGAUUUUUACGGUGCGUGAGGUGGCUGGUUUUGUCCGGGAGACUCUGGCCAGUCUGCCCACCACUGUUCAAGCAGACAGCCCUCUAGACACCAUCAAACUGCAAUGCAUCGCCAAGACUGUGGAGAGCCAGCUUUACGUUAACCCAGAGUCACGGUGCAUCCUGCUGCCAGUGGUCCUCAAACUGCUGCACGCGCACAUGCAGGAGCAGAGGGACCUGGUCAUGUGUGCGCGCAUCCUCACCAGCAUGCUCUCGCUCAUCCAGAAGGAAGACAACGGCACUGCAGAGCCGGUUGUUUCUGAGGAGGUGCAGCUGAUAGUGGAAAGUCUACUGGGAGUUUUAAUGAGAACCAUUCUGGAAAUCAGCAACCGACCUCAGCCUGCCGGGCCCUCCAUGAGGCUGCAGUUCCAGGACGUCACUGGGGAAUUUGUGGCGUGUUUGUUGGCCUUGUUCCGACAAAUGAGUGACAGACAUUACCAGCAGCUGCUUCAGGCCUUCAGCAGCAAAGAUGACUUGAGGGACUUUCUUUUGCAAAUCUUCACAGUCUUCAGAAUCCUCAUUCGACCAGAGAUGUUUUCCAAAGACUGGACAGUAAUGCGGUUGGUCACAAACAAUGUCAUCAUCACAACAGUUCUGUAUCUCUCCGAUGCUUUGAGAAAAAACUUUUUAAAUGAGAAGUUUGACUACAAGUUUGACGACCUACUGACCCGCAUUGGCGCUAGGAUCUCCUACCAGGACACCAACUACAGGCGCUCUAUUCCAGCUGAAGAGCGCCUGUCCAUCUGUCUGCGGUUUCUUGCCACUGGGGACUCCUACAGGACCAUUGCGGGGAGCUUCAGAGCGGGCAUAUCCACCGUCUCCAUGCUCAUCCCAGAUGUGGUUUGGGACUCGUAUUUCUAUCUCUCGGUAAUAUUCAUCAACCAGCCGUGUCUGCAGCUUGAGUCCUUCUCUCCGUCCAAACGCAAGAAGAUCCUCGAAAAGUACGGGGACAUGCGGGUGAUGAUGGGCUGUGAGAUUUUCAGCAUGUGGCAGAACUUAGGCGAGCACAAGCUGAACUUCAUCCCGGCCAUGAUCGGCCCGUUCCUGGAGGUGACUCUGGUUCCUCAGCCCGACCUGCGAAACGUCAUGAUUCCCAUUUUCCACGACAUGAUGGACUGGGAGCAGCGACGAAGCGGCAACUUCAAACAGGUGGAGUCCAAGCUCAUCGACAAACUGGACAGCCUCAUGUCCGAAGGAAAAGGAGACGAGACCUACAGGGAGCUCUUUAACAGCAUAAUUCCUCUGUUUGGUCCGUACCCUAGCCUGUUGAAGAAGAUCGAGAGGGAGACAUGGAGGGAGAGUGGGGUCUCGCUGAUUGCUACGGUCACAAGGCUCAUGGAGAGGCUUUUGGACUACAGGGACUGCAUGAAGCUGGGCGAAGUAGAUGGCAAAAAGAUUGGGUGUACUGUGAGUCUACUGAAUUUCUACAAGACAGAGUUGAACAAAGAGGAGAUGUACAUUCGCUACAUCCACAAACUUUACGAACUGCACUUAAAAGCACAAAACUACACAGAAGCCUCGUACACGCUGCUGCUGUACGAUGAGCUGCUGGAGUGGUCAGACAGGCCGCUCCGAGAGUUCCUCAACUACCCCAUGCAGAGCGAGUGGCAGCGGAAGGAGUUUCUGCACCUCACCAUCGUUCAGAACUUCGACAGGGGAAAGUGCUGGGAGAACGGGAUUAUUCUUUGCAGAGAGCUGGCUGAUCAGUACGAGUCCUAUUAUGACUACAGGAAUUUGAGCAAAAUGAGGAUGAUGGAGGCUUCGCUGUACGACAAGAUCAUGGACCAGCAGCGGUUGGAGCCGGAGUUUUUCAGAGUUGGUUUCUAUGGGAAGAAGUUUCCUUUCUUUUUAAGGAAUAAGGAGUUUGUUUGCAGAGGCCACGACUACGAGCGGCUGGAGGCUUUUCAGCAGCGGAUGCUCAACGAGUUUCCCCACGCCAUCGCCAUGCAACACGUGAACCAGCCGGACCAGACCAUCUACCAGGCCGACGCCCAGUACCUGCAGAUCUAUGCUGUUACUCCAAUCCCGGAGAGCCAGGAUGUGCUGCAGAGAGACGGUGUGCCCGACAACAUCAAAAGCUUCUACAAGUUCAAUCACAUCUGGAGGUUCAGAUACGACCGGCCAUUCCACAAGGGCAGCAAGGACAAGGAGAACGAGUUCAAGAGCCUGUGGGUGGAGCGGACCACUCUAACACUGGUCCAAAGUCUCCCAGGCAUCUCCCGCUGGUUUGAAGUGGAAAAGAGGGAAGUGGUGGAGGUGAGCCCGCUGGAGAACGCCAUCGAGGUGAUCGAGAACAAGAACCUGCAGCUGCGCACUCUGAUCACCCAGUGUCAGAACCGACAGAUGACCAACAUCAACCCCCUCACCAUGUGCCUCAACGGGGUCAUUGACGCCGCGGUUAACGGGGGCCUGGCCCGCUACCAAGAGGCCUUUUUUGUCAAGGACUACAUCCUGAAUCACCCAGAGGAUGGGGACAAGAUUGGACGACUGAGGGAGCUCAUGUUUGAGCAGGCUCACAUCUUGGAGUACGGUCUGGCUGUACAUGAGAAGUUUGUUCCCCAGGACAUGAGGCCUCUGCAUAAGAAGCUGGUGGACCAGUUCCACCUGAUGAAGUCCAGUCUGGGCAUUCAGGAGUUUCCGCCGUAUGUCCGUGCCAGUCCGGUGCACUUCACCAACGGCAGCCCUCGGACCUGCCGUAACUCUGUACCCAGUAUCAUCAGUCCCGAGGGGGGCCGGGGGGUCACCAGACGCAGUUACCCGGCAGUGAACCGCUACUCCUCGUCCUCCCUGUCGUCUCAGGCCUCAAACGAAGUCAGUAAUAUCACAGGGCAAUCAGAAAGCUCCGAUGAAGUCUUCAACAUGCAGCCGAGUCCAUCUACCUCAAGCCUCAGCUCCAACCACUCCGCCUCUCCCAACGUGACCAGCUCUGCCCCGUCCAGUGCUCGAGGUUCUCCUCAAAUGGCAGAGAAACACAAGCAUUCCAGAGAAAACGCAUGUCUGUCUCCACGUGAGCGACCGGUCAGCGCCAUCUUCCCCAACCCGCUGGACCCUGCACAGAGAGCUCCUUCUCAUCAAAUAGGAGACAACACUUUACCAAGAAGCGACCCUAACCUCUCAGCACCAGAUAAAGUGAGACACACCCCCAGUAGCUGGAGCCUAGACAGUGUCAAAGAGGGAAGUCCGUAUUUCUCAGACUCUUUGAGCAAACAGCUGUGCCCACCUGUCCCUCCUAGGCCACCAUACACAGUCUCAACUAAAAGGUCGAAGUCGCCAAUUCCAAAUUCAAGAUCUCCUCAAAAGAGCGCAUUGCCUGCAUUCACGCCGUCGCCCACCGAGUGCCCGUCCUCCAGCCUGGUGUCCAGCUCGCCGGUGCUCUCAGGUAGCUACAGUAGCGGCAUCUCGUCCCUGAGCCGCUGCAGUGUCUCUGAGGCGUCCGGCACAGAGUUUCCGACCUCCGACCACCCUCCCCUCCCGCCCAGCACUCUGCCCCUCUCCGUCUCCAGCGGGUCAGACGAGCCGGUGCGGCGGGAGAACAAAACCCCACCCCCUUACAGCGUCUUCGUGAGGGACAAUCCGCGCAGGCCCGUGCCGCUGCCCCACAGUCUGUCCAUCCCGCCACAGGCCGACCCGCCCGCGCUGCCCCCCAAACCCCACCAGCUGCGCACCGGGAGCAUGAAGCUGGACGCAUCAGACCCACGUGUGCCCCGUCCCAGACCUCUGCCCAGGAAGGUCUCGCAGCUAUAG